AUGACUGGUCGUUUCGUCAACUUUGUCACCGGACUUCGUUUUCAUUUGACCAGCGGAGAAUUUGCGCUGCCCAUAACGGCGAAGUCUGGGAGACGCCUGCGUUCCAGCUCAGGGAAUUCGAUCGGUGCGGUGCACGGGACAGACUUUUUACAAUACUCUGUCAAGACCCUACGCGAGAUAUCGUACAUCAAGAAUUUGCGCCGUGGCUUUGAAACAUUUACCGCCAUACGCUUUACUAUGAACCUUGUUCACGACCUGAACGCCCAAAGCGCAAUCGAUCUUGUUGACCAAGAUUUCGCUGUGGCUAUUCAAUACGGCCUUAUCACCCUCAUACUCUCAGAGGAACAGAAGCGGCUCUUUUCCGGGAGGCAACAAGCAAAUCAUGAACUCUAG